AUGGAUCACAGCUAUUCUCAAUCCCUGCAAGCAGCGCCACCAGCUCCAGCCUCGCAAGGGAGGGCGCCUCCAUACCAGGCCGCGAUCCACGCGGUGCAGAAGCCACAGGGGAAGCCGUGGAGGAGGCCCGACCAGCCUCCGCCGCCGCCCAGGGUGUACCGGGUUGAUCCCCGGGACUUCCGCCAGCUGGUGCAGAGGCUGACGGGCGCGCCCCGAUCGGUGCCUCCGCCGCGUACACUAAACGUGGUGACCUUGCCGCCGUUCACGCAGCGGCGUGUUGUUGGUGGCGGUCCAGACGCCGCUGUUUCCAUCAACCAGUCUCCUGCAGGGUUCCUGGGGAUACUGCCUCCUCGUCCACUGUACUCGAGCUUGCGUCCUUUCCCACUUCUUGGCCCUGCGGAUCCAAUGGGGAGCAUGGAGCAGUUAAUCCACUCUGAUCUCUAG